UCUGUGGGGAAGAUGCAGGUCGGUGUCUGCGAGUUUCCAGGUCGCUGUCGACGACGAAGCCACGUUUCUCCCGGGGGAAGUCCAAGUCCAAAAGCCCCCCUCAUAGCCCUCAUCCCUUAGAAUGUCUUGGGCGUAACGUAUCCAUAGAAGUUGGAAUACGCCAUAAUUCGCGAUUCAAACUCUAGACGAUGUCGAGCACAUCUAGCACAGCAACAACGUGCGUUCCACAGCUCCUCGCCGGUAAAUCCAUGGCCAUCACAGGCGGCGUAACAGGCAUCGGACGCGCCAUCGCCAUCGGAUACCUCGCGCACGGCGCGAACGUAGCCAUCAACCACCUCGGCGACCCAAAGUCCUCAGAACAAUACCAGUCACUCGUCGAAGAGGCAUCUCAAAGCCUGGGCGGGACCGAGGAAGGGCAGAAGAGAUUGAUGGAAGUGCCGGGCGAUGUGGGCGAUCCGGAAACCGGGAAAAAGCUCGUCGCUGCCGUGGUCGACAAAUGGGGCCGAUUGGAUGUGUUCAUUAGCAAUGCGGGGAUAUGCGAGUUCAGAGAGUUCUUAGAAAUAACACCCGACCUCUGGAACAAAACACUCACAACCAACCUCACCGGCGCGUUCAACACCAUCCACGCCGCCGCCACGCAACUCGCCAAACAAAAUCCACCAGGGGGGUCUAUCAUCGGCAUAUCCUCCAUAUCCGCGCUUGUCGGCGGCGCACAGCAGGGGCAUUACACACCUACCAAAGCGGGUGUGCUGUCGCUUAUCCAGUCAUCUGCGUGUGCGCUGGGGAACUAUAAUAUCAGGUGUAAUGCGCUGCUACCAGGGACAAUCAAGACGCAGUUGAAUGAGAAGGAUCUUGACGAUGAUGCAAAGAGGAAGUACAUGGAGGGAAGGAUUCCGCUUGGACGGACAGGCGUGCCGAAUGAUUUGGCGGGUCCUGCGGUGUUCUUGGGAAGCGAUCUGUCGGGAUAUGUGACUGGGGCUCAGUUGCUUGUUGAUGGGGGAUUGUUUGUGAAUUUACAAUAAGGGAAGCGGCACUACCGGAAGCGAGCAAAAUGUUGAUAGCUACUCACCCUGACUUCUCAUGAUUUCUUUUCACCAUUUGUGCACAUCAUAAGUUAAUGAUAGUGACGGC